UUUUAUUUUUUAUUUUAAAAACAGAGCCAUCAGAAUCCGACAAACGACAUUCAUCUGCGUCAAUCCCUUCACUCCCUAAUUUAUCAAAUUAUUCACCAAAAGAGGUGAAAGAACAGGAAAAAGAAGAAGAAAUUUUAAAACAAGAAGAAGAGUCAUCAUUAAAAUCGUCAUCUUGUUCUUCUUCUGCUGGUGAAAUCACUGACGGUCAAAUAAAAGAAGAAGAAAAUUUAAAAAAUAAAAAUAAUGUCGAAAAUAGCUGUGAUAGUAAGGAAAAAAAUUUAAUUGACGAAGAAAUUAACGACAAAAAUAAAGAAAACACAAAUAAUUCUGAUUUUGAUAAAUUAAAUAAUAAAUUGGCAGCACCAGAAUUUGUUGCUACAGGAAACUUGGAAAAAGAAAAAACCGAAACACAUCCAUUUAAAUUGCUCAAGUUGUGUAUAAAGGCAAUGAUACCCAAACAGAAACUCGAGUCAAGCAGCGGUGAUCCUGUUAAGGAAAAUAUAAAGAAAGGAAGGAAAGAAGAGCAUAGAAUUGUUAAGGCGAAUGACAGGGAAUUUAAUGCUCAAUUUAAAUAUGCGGACAAUUUUAUCAAAACAUCCAAAUAUUCACUGCUCACUUUCGUCCCAGUCAAUUUAUUUCAACAAUUUACCCGAAUUGCCAAUUUUUAUUUUCUUGUGUUGUUAUGUCUUCAAUGCAUUCCUCAAAUAAGUUCUGUAAAUUGGGUAUAUACUUUAGUGCCUCUCAGCUUUGUGCUUCUUUGCAGUGCCAUUAAAGAUGGUUACGAUGAUUUGCAAAGGCAUCGUAACGACCGUAUAGUAAAUCAAAGGGUAGCUUAUGUUCUACGUUACAACACAAAAAGGGGGAAGAUUGAUAUUUGUGAAGAAGAAUGGAUGAAUGUAAAAGUUGGUGAUAUUGUCCGUAUGGAAAGUGGAGAUUUUAUUGCUGCUGACCUUUUAUUGGUAAAUUGA